UGGCAACAACAUUGGUUGAAAGUUUCUGGAGAGAAAAGUCAGUGUCGAAAAAGCAAAACAGUUUGAUAGACAAUUUUAUGUAAAUAGAAGAUUUUAUGUGGAUUUGUGCAACUAAAAGAAUUGUACAACUAUUUAACUGUAAUAAUUGUUAUAAAAUUCCACUUCGCUUUGCAGUUGCCCGCUAACAAAAAAUUGCACUUAAUUUACAAUGUGUUGCGGCGCAGCAUUUGGCGCCAACAAAUCCCUUUAAUUAUGUCAAGGAAUUAAAGCAAACGAUUCAGUGUUGAAAUAAACGCUGUUUGCAAUGAAAAAGAAGCGCCAAGAGCCAAAUUCAAAAAUGAAGCUAAAACACUGGCGUUUAAAUACAAUUGGUUAAUAAAAAAAGAAAACAAAGAACUGAAUUAAGGCACGAAAUCGAAAGAAACAUAAUAUCUCGAAACAUAAAAAACAAAAACUAACACUAGACAAAAUAAAGUGCGCGCUAAGACUAUAAAAAUACAAUCCAAAAUAAACAAAAGUGUACGGACAUUCUGCCAUCUGCUAUCAUCAUCUACAGCGUACACGGCACACACAGGAGACUGAGAGUGACAAAUUUGGGUCAAAAGUUGAACGAGCGUGUCGUCACUCGUUACGCGCCGGCUAAACGACGCCGCACCGUCACCGACGUCUGCGUGUAAACAAGAAAAUGUUAAGCAAAACACAAAAGCUCAUACUUGGCAUCGUAAUAUUGUUGCUGGUCGAUGUGAUUUGGGUAUCCUCUAGUGAACUUACAAAGUUUCUGUACGAAAAUGAAAAAUUCGAUAAGCCAUUCUUUUGCACAUACUUUAAAACUUCAAUGUUUGCAAUCUACUUGGUUGUAAUCGGACUGGUGACACCCUGGCGUGAAUCUUGUGAACGUCAAAAUGGUAGCUACUCGGUUAUGGAUCAAGUGGCUGAUGACGAAAAUUAUUACUCAACCAAUCCAUCACUGAGUGACCCCACCUUUAUUCCCAUUCGUUCUAGCGGUGCCAUCUCCGGCACCGAGAGCGAUGAUUCCAGCAUACGCAGUGUACGUUUCAGCAAAUUGGCUGAGGUGCGUGAGAUGUCCGCACAUGAAGCAACGGAAGCGUUAAUGGCACGACUCUCCUAUGCAGCUAGCAUACGCAUACACAGACAAAAAUCACAUCACAAGACCGCCAAAACAGCAUUACUCUUCUGUGUGCUGUGGUUUGUCGCAAACUAUUUUUUCCAACUAUCGUUAGAGUUGGGCGAAACCGCCAUGGUCACAUUGUUGAGCUCUUCAUCCUCUUUAUUUACACUUGUGCUAGCGGCAUUUUUCCCUUCUGCUGUGGGUGACAAGUUUACAAUAACCAAAAUUAUUGCAGUCGCAAUGAAUAUGGGUGGAAUUGUCACCGUCACCAUUUCCGAUAUACAUGACGCAAGAUUUUCGCGCGGUGCACUCUUAGCGCUUUUUAGUGCGUUUUUCUACGCCGCUUAUUUAGUUUUCGUGAAGCGAAAAAGCGAUACUGAGGAAAAAGUUGACAUUCCACUAUUUUUUGGUUUCGUCGGUCUUUGGAAUCUUCUACUCAUGUGGCCAAUAUUCUUUAUAUUGCAUUUUCUGAAAAUUGAGCAAUUUGAGCUGCCAAAUCAAAAUCAAUUUGCUAUACUAUUUUUAAAUGGUUUAGUUGGUACUGUGAUCUCAGAAGCGCUUUGGUUAUGGGGCUGCUUCCUUACUUCUUCACUAAUUGGCACCAUUGCCAUGUCGCUUCAAAUACCACUCUCCAUAGUAUUUGAUGUCGUUUUGAAGCGAAAACCAUACUCUCCUAUGUUUUAUAUUGGUUCAAUACCAAUAUUUUUGGCGCUAAUGUUGGUGGCAUUGUUAAUGCGCAAUGACGACUCUGAUCCCUUAAUGAGGCUAUUUAAAGCGAUUUAUAGGAAAUUGUGUCGUUGUAAGCCAAAUAUAGUCAGGAUUAACGAUGAGGAACAGCAGGAAUCGCUAAUUGGCAGCAAUGACUGAACUAUCUUCCAGUAAUUAUGCUCACAUUACAAAUAAGAGAAUAUGUAUAUGAAUAAUAUAGAGAGAAGCUGUUACUUUUCUGAAGCAGAAAAAGACGUUUUCUGAAAACGCUUUUAAUUCUAAAUAGCUCACUAUGAAAUUCAUCAAAACUACGGCUGUAUUUUGAGUUUGAUUUGAAUUUGUAUUAAAAAAGGGAAAAAUUAAAAAUGGAUCGCACAAAAAUUAAUUUCCCUAUAAUGUAGUGACUAAAAUAUGAACUGCUAGUUAUUUAAUAAUCUUUUGCUUUAAAAUAAGAUGAGGAUGCAAAAAAUUUGCUUCCGUUCUGUAAAUAAACAUUUAUUACUAAUUGUGAUAUUACCGAAAACGUAACAGUUGCAAAUUCGCUAUACUCAAGUAUUUUUUAAAUACAAAUAUAUAUUUUUU